AUGCUCAAAUUGGUAAAUAUUGGAUACGUGGGCCAAUCCAGCCGUGGCGCUGAUAAUGCCAAAGCAGUGGCCGACGGUCUCGGGGUUGUACUGACGGCCGCAAUGAAGUCCUUAUCUAAAAAGCUAGAAAAUAUAGGCGAACCUCCACUCAACCCACCAACUGAUGACCCAGGGUCACCUAAACCAACGCAAGCACCUGUAAGUCCCAAACCUGAACAGCCAGAAACCCCGACACAACCGAAAUCAAAUCCACCCAAAAGUAACAAGAACAAACGGCGACGAAACGAUUAGGGGUAACCUUACGACCUGGUGGUAAACCCGCCAAUCAUUUCGUUAAGCAUAAGAGUAAAAAGGAUGCCAAAGUGGCGGCUGAACGCCAUAGUUUGGGUCCAAAUCCUGUUGUCAUGCAUCAUAAGGAUCCAGUACGCGGUAAUCCACAUUAUCACCCUGUUGAUAAGUAUGGGG